AAGACUGUCAAUAUAAGGGUGUGCAAUUAUAUGCUGAGAACAAGUGAUUUCAAGACCGUGCCGGCACAGAUAUGAAUUUGCUUUUCAUCAGGCUCGUAUACCUGCUAUCUAUCAUCUUAUUCGUGUCCUUCAGCAGUGUGCUGCUUUGGGACAACUUUUCCAAGAGUGCUUUGACUCUCAGCGAUCCACGCAUCAUACGUGAUGAAGCUGCCACCAGCAAACCACUCAAAGUUGAGCAAAAUCCUGCAAACAAAAAGAAAAAUGCCAUUAUUGAGAAACUGCUGGCAAGUUACUCAACCAGCUGGGAAAAGCAGAAGGAUGCCUUUAAAAAAUAUAGGUCAUUGCUCGGGAGCACUUGCAAUGCCAUUUCCAAUGCAGUGGUUACACAGAGUAACUCACCUGUCGGGACAAAUAUUACUUAUGAUGGACUAAAAAAAAAUAUAAAAGUGGUGACACCAGACCUGUUCAGUAUAUUUCCCAAGGAGAGCCCUUUUCAAAAAGCACCAUAUGACACGUGUGCUGUCGUGGGCAAUGGAGGCAUCUUAGCCAACAGCAGCUGUGGAAAACAAAUCGACUCUGCUACAUUUGUCAUCAGGUGUAAUCUUCCACCACUGACCGAUGUACAUAAGCUAGACACAGGACAAAAAACAAACCUUGUCACAGCCAAUCCAAGCAUCCUCUUUCAAAGGUACCAAGCACUAAAUGAGCGCCGGAGGUCAUUUGUGGAGGAUGUGCAGGUGUAUAGGGAUGCUCUACUCCUGUUGCCUGCCUUCUCAUUUCGGCAGAACACAGCUGUGUCUCUGCGUGUUCUCUACUCACUGGAAGACUUCAACAAGUCUUGCCCAAGACCCGUCUUCCAUAACCAGACGUAUCUAAACAACCUGGCAACCUUUUGGCAUAACCAAGGAAUUCCGGCAAAACGCCUCAGCACUGGUAUGAUGAUGGUCAGCUUGGCACUGGAGCUCUGUAACAACGUCCACCUGUAUGGUUUCUGGCCCUUUGAAACACACCCAUACACCCACCAGGAACUCCCCAACCACUAUUAUGAUGGCCAUCGAUCAAACAAGAGAGUACACGCCAUGCCAGCUGAGUUUGAGUCCUUGCUAAAUCUUCAUAAAAAGGGUGUGAUCCAUUUGCACCUAGGGGAGUGUGCAAAUUAAACUAGGUGGCAUGUUCACCAACACUGUCCCUCAAUUUAAUGAAUGAAUGAAUGAACGAACCCUUUAUUGUCACUAGUCACAAGUACCAGCGAAAUUGGCCAUCACCCCAUCCGUACAUAUACACAUACAUACAAUUGACACAGGGGGAGUAGACAGGACAGGAAGACAGGGAUGAAAAAUACAGAGUAACAUGAGGGGAGGGGAGGAGAAAAAAGCAACCCCCACACUAUGCUCCUGUGGGGAGUACAGUGUGGGAACAUUGAAAAAAACACCUCAGCACAUAAGCACAAAAUAAUACAGUACACUUUACAACAUGAAAACUCGGGACUCGAG